AGUUUGGAAGCACAACAACAUUCCCGGAACUCGUGAAAACCAAGGAUUAGCAUCUCCAGAUGAGUUUGUUACUUAUGUAUACGAUGAUAAUAUAAUCAUUGAUCGCAACUAAUAAAUCCCAUUUCGUCGUGUGAUUUUUACCACAAUCAAGGAUAGAUUGUUAUAGUAUUCAACUACCGUUCAAAUAAGUCAGAAGACAAGCACAAUUCUCCAGAAAUAUACAAUACGUAUAUACGUAUAUACGUAUAUUGUAUAUUAAUGGCAGGGGGACAGAAGCAAGGAGAAAAGGCUUCUGCAUCCGUAGACCCAAAUCCAUCGGCGUCGACAGAGAUGGUGGACACGAACUCAGUCUCAAUAUCAGCCCCGAACCCAUCAUGGUUUACUCCCAAAAGGUUGCUGGUUAUCUUUUGCAUUAUCAAUAUGUUAACUUAUAUUGAUCGAGGGGCAAUAGCCAGCAAUGGUGUGAAUGGUAGUCGCAGAACAUGCACAGAAAGUGGUGAAUGCACAUCUGGUAGUGGAAUUCAGGGAGAAUUUAACUUGAACAAUUUUGAAGACGGAGUUCUGUCAUCUGCAUUCAUGGUUGGACUUCUGAUUGCUUCCCCAAUAUUUGCGUCAUUAGCAAAGAGUGUUAAUCCCUUUAGACUUAUUGGAGUUGGAUUAUCAGUUUGGACCCUUGCUGUAAUUGGUUGUGGUUUUUCAUUCAAUUUUUGGUCCAUUGCAAUCUGCCGCAUGGUGGUUGGUGUUGGUGAGGCAUCAUUUAUAAGUCUUGCAGCCCCAUUCAUUGAUGACAAUGCGCCAGUUUCUCAGAAAACAGCAUGGCUUGCCAUAUUUUAUAUGUGCAUACCGUCUGGAUAUGCCCUUGGAUAUGUUUAUGGUGGAGUGGUUGGAAGCCAUUUUGGUUGGCGCUAUGCAUUCUGGGUGGAGGCUAUAUUUAUGAUUCCAUUUGCUGUUCUAGGUUUUGUAAUGAAGCCUUUGCAACUAAAAGGUUUUGCUCAUGCUGAAUCAAAAAAGGCUCUGACGUCUGUGGAGACAGCUGCUACAGAAGUUCAAGGUGGGAAUGAUGGCACUAUGUCUGUGACGGAAGAAUUUGGUGAUAAAAGUCCCAAAAAGAAUUCUGGGUUGAUAGGCCGAUUGUUUGAUCGAAAUCAGUUUUCGAGAUUUAUAAAAGAUAUGAAAGUGCUUCUGCAUGAAAAGGUUUAUGUUGUCAAUGUUCUAGGUUAUAUUGCCUACAACUUUGUUAUAGGUGCAUACUCUUAUUGGGGACCUAAGGCUGGUUAUAAUAUUUAUAACAUGACCGAUGCAGAUCUGAUAUUUGGAGGGAUGACUAUUAUCUGUGGAAUAUUGGGUACACUAGCCGGAGGUUUUGCUCUUGAUUUUAUGACUAACACAAUCUCCAACGCUUUUAAGCUGCUUUCAGUGACAACAUUUAUUGGGGCAGUGUUUUGCUUCACUGCCUUUUGGUUUAAGAGCAUGUAUGCGUUCCUAGCUUUUUUUGCAAUUGGUGAACUGCUGGUCUUUGCCACACAGGGUCCUGUUAAUUUCAUUUCUCUGCACUGUGUUAAACCAAGUUUGAGACCAUUAUCUAUGGCGAUAUCAACUGUUUCAAUCCACUUAUUUGGGGACGUUCCUUCCUCACCACUUGUUGGGGUUCUCCAGGAUAAAAUUAACAACUGGAGGGAGACUGCUCUUAUUCUAACAGCAAUUUUCUUUCCAGCUGCUGGGAUAUGGUUUAUAGGAAUAUUUCUGCACAGCGUGGAUCGAUCUAAUGAAGAUAGUGAGGGAGUCACUAGAGCUGAAAGAUCAAACACAACGCCCUUGCUUGAAGGAAAGGCUGCUGAGAAAAGCGAACCUUUGGCCGAACCCUGAUUUCUUAUUUCCUCGAAUUCAAGCACUAAUAUUUUGUAGAUAGAACAUGUUUAUAUAUAUUAGGUAUGGAUAAAAUUCAAGGUUUAUUAUUUUAGGUGCAGAUUUGUUAUCAAGAAUGUGUUUUCAUGUUUUGGCAGCUGAAUAACAGGCAUGAUUAUGG